UAAGCAGGAUAAAUAACUGGACAACUGAUCCCCCAGUGCCUUUUUACUUCCUUCCACAGGAAAGACUAAGAAGUUCUAUUGUAUGACAUUUUGAUUCUUUCCUCCACACCCUGUGUUCCCUGCAGUUUGAUGCAGCCUUUUUGUGAGUUGCUAACACAAGUUUACUCUUCUUGCUUCAGUGCUUUCUUUCAGAAGAAGAAGAGAACAAAAAAUGGGGUGCAGAAGAAAAGUGCUUCUUGGUUCAAUAAUUUUCACGCUUGUCUGCUACAAAGUGACCGCACAGGAUACAAGAUUACUGGAUGUCCAAAACACCACAGAUGUUGUAGAUGACCAGUAUGAUGGAUGCCGUCAUGAGGCCAUGAAGAAGUUCAUCGAGUCAGGCGUGUUAAAAAAAGAACUAAGCAACAGUGAAAGAUUUCAGAAAGCAUGGACUAAAAGUAACGAGUGUUCACAGCAGAUUCCUGGAGGAAGAAAAGAGCAUACUGCUGCACUUUCAGUCUAUCUUAAAGGAGAUCGGCCUUUCAUACAAACAGUGAACAAAGCAAUAGAGACAAUGGGUGGAAAUGUUAACAUCUAUGAAAACCACUUCCACUUCAAGUCUCUUCAUUUCCUGCUGAUGGACUCCAUGAGGCUGCUGAAGCCAAAGGAGUGCAAGAACUUUUAUGUUUUUCAAGAUGGUGAAAACCAACCACAGAAAGGCUCCACAGUGAGAUUUACAAGUUUCACCUUAGCUUAUUCAAACUAUGAAGAGCUAAAAAAAACUGAAGAUGUCAAUGAGAAUAUGAUUUUAAAUCUCACUUCUUGUUUCUUUGUCAACCUGAAAGACUAUGUGUGCGGUCAAGACAAGAAUGAAGUACUCUUAUCUCCAGCAGAAAUUUUCACUGUGGAACAAGUGGAAACAAUAAAUACAUCAGAUGAUGACGAAUACCUUGAGAUUGUUCUGAAACAGUCGGGACUGAAAAGCUCACACAACUGUUACAUCUCUUCAAGGUCUCCUCCAGCUGCUGUCUCCACCCUGUGGCUUGUAUCAGUGCUUGCGGCCUCAUCUUUGUUUUCUUUAACUGUUUAGUAAAAACAGUUUCCUGAGUGUUAUCAUCU